ACAGUAAAUACGUAAAAAUAGUUUUUUAUCUAAAAUAAUUUUAGUUCUGUUAAAAAUGUUAUUUAUUGUUUAUAAAAUAGUCAAUAUGUUUUGUGAUAAUUAUUUGAGAUGAUUUCAUUAAAAGGGUUAUUUCGGUCAAAAUGAAGAUAAAUGCAACAGUACCAAGAAUGACAACUCCAAUUGAGGAAAAGGUUUACCAAAAAUUGAAAGUUCGAACUGGUAUGGUAACAGUGAGUGAUGGCAAAAGUAAACCACAAUCAGUUAGAUUACAUUUGUCUAUGGAAAUUUUACGAUUGCAAAAAGAAGUUCCAUUGGAUCAAAAUUCUGCAAAGUCAUUACAUUCAAAGGAACGUAUGGUUCAAAUUCGACGGCAAGCCGAGGGAGGAUUAGGUUUAAGCAUAAAAGGAGGAGCAGAACAUAAAUUACCGAUAUUAAUAUCUCGUAUUUACAAAGAUCAGGCUGCCGACCGAACAGGAGAAUUAUUUGUUGGAGAUGCAAUUGUUAAAGUAAAUGGUGAAUAUAUAACUGCUUGUCCGCAUGAUGACGCUGUGAAUAUUUUACGAAAUGCAGGUGAUAUUGUUGUUCUAACCGUCAAACAUUAUAAAGCAGCAACUCCUUUUCUUCAAAAACAAUUGCAUAAAGACCUAAAUUCUGAUUCAACGCCAAGUAAAGACUUUGAUAUGGAAGCCGAUUGGAAGUCAUCGGAAGGGAGUGAUGAUCACAGUUCUACACAUUCAAAGUCUGAUGAAAACACACGAUGGGUUGAUAUUGUUACUUUACCAUUAAUGAUGGCCUAUGUUACGCGAUAUAUAUUUGGAACUGAUAAAUUAAGGCCUAAUUCGUUUGAAGUAAGAGGUUUAAACGGUGUCAGUACUGGAAUAAUUCACUGUGAUGAUUCGGCCAUACUUUCACAAUGGCUUAAAUAUAUUACCGAUAACAUUGUUAGUUUAACACAUUUACAGAUGAAAUUAUAUAAUAGAAAUUUUAAUCAAUCAGAUCGAAUUGAAUAUAUGGGUUGGGUAAACGAAAGUAUACUCACCAACAAACAUCCAUGGCAAAGCUAUAAACCAAGGUUUUUAACAUUAAAAGGAACUGAUCUACUAUUAUUUGACACACCUCCUUUAAAUAUUGGAGAUUGGUCUAAAUGUUCCGUUGUUUAUAAAGUAUACCAGACGAUGUUUCGAGUGGUUAAAGAGUCAGAAAAUGUUGAUGAAAGACAGCAUUGUUUUCUAAUACAAACAUCUGGGCAAGAAUCUCGUUAUUUAUCUGUGGAAACACGCCAGGAAUUACUUCGAAUUGAAAAUGCAUGGCAAUGUUCUGUAUGUACAGCAGUCAUGAAACUUGGUAGCACAACAUUUACAGUAAAUAGUAAUGGUAAAACUUGGGGAUUGACGUUAGAUUGGAAUUUAGGAUUUACAUUACAUGAAGUUGAUUCCAAAACUCCUGUAUGGCAGUAUAAAUUUUCACAAUUACGCGGUUCGUCUGAUGAUGCUAAUUCCAAAAUGAAAUUACAUUUUCAAGAUAAUGACUUAAAGGUUAUCGAAACGAAGGAACUCGAAUGUCCAAAUUUACAAAGUUUACUAUUUUGUAUGCACGCAUUUUUAACAGCAAAAGUAGCGUCAGUAGAUCCAGCAUUUUUAAGCUCAAUUGUUCCGUAA